UGGCUUGGGGGUCAUGAGCUGUCACCCCCUGGCUGCAUCCAUUCUCUUCUGAAACUAUUAAUUGACGGCCCGAAAGUGGUAAUAUAUUCAGACACAUUCUUCAGCGUUUAUAAUACAUUUAAGAAUAACUGAGCUAAACCAAAUACGCAUACGCCUAAUAAUGCAAUUUAUGAAAUAAUGUAGGCUUGUGUUUUCGUCAUUAUCCCGAUAACUCACUCGUCGUGCUGUCAAACUGCCAAUGGUUGUCAUGAUGGAUGUUUUUGGAGAACCUGAUUGGACGACACAAAUAAAUCUACUGAUUAAAUCUCCGAGCCUGGAUGCUGAUUUGUGCAGGAGAUUGCUCCUCACAGAAAGAAUCCGGCUCUGGUGAGAUGAGGGGACAGGAUGGCAACUCGAUCGGUGGACCGCAGCUGAAUACUCCUAAAAGGACACUUUUGGUGGUGUGUGGCGCGGUGUGAGGGGAGGUCAUGCCCCUGGUCAAGAGGAACAUAGAGCCCCGGCACCUCUGUCGAGGGGGGCUGCCCGAGGGGAUUGGCAGUGAGCUGGAGUGUGUCACCAACAACACCCUCUCUGCCAUCAUACGGCAGCUCAGCAGUCUAAGUAAACAUGCGGAAGAUGUCUUUGGAGAGCUUUUUAGUGAGGCUAACACAUUUUAUGUGCGUGCCAACGGUCUCCAAGACCGCAUCGACCGCUUGGCUGUCAAGGUCACCCAGCUGGAUUCCACUGUGGAGGAGGUCUCUCUGCAGGACAUCAACAUGCGCAAGGCAUUUAAAAGCUCUACAGUCCAGGACCAGCAGGUGGUGUCCAAGAGCAGCACGUCCAACCCUGUGGAGGACAUGUACAACACCAGCGACAAGCCUCCUUCUCUCAGCAUUCUCUCUGCUUACAGAGAUGACCACACCGAUGGGAUGAAGUUCUACACGGACCCAUCCUACUUCUUUGACCUGUGGAAGGAGAAGAUGCUGCAGGACACGGAGGACAAGAGGAAGGAGAGAAGAAGACAACGCGAGCAGAAGCGAUGUGUUGACGACACACUUCAGCGCGAGGUGAAGAAGGUUCGUAAAGCCAGAAACCGCCGUCAGGAGUGGAACAUGAUGGCGUUCGACAAAGAGCUCCGCCCAGACCACCGCCACCCUCACUCUCUCCACCGGGGGGCGUCUGAGGGCUCCCUCUCCCCAGAGAGCAGAUAUGGUCAUGACCUGCCAGACUACCCAACUGCUCAAGGCCUUCCACAUUCUGCAUCCAACCAUGCCCUGGCUCACCCCUACCCGCCUGUAGACAUUCACGAGUCUGUAGAGCAUGAGUACCACAGCAUCGGAGUCAGUUACAGAGAAGGGACUCUCAACCGCACACACCACUCCCCACCUCUGCAUCGCUCCACUGAGAGAAUAAAUGGCACUAUGACGCUUCCACCUGCGGACUACAGUAUAAUGGAGUACUAUGCCAGUUCAGGACCACCACCCCCUCCCCCAGCCCCUCUUAUCCCAUCUGCACAGACAGCCUUUGGCUCUCCCAUGGUAUCCCCCACCCCCCUUACUGGACCUAGGACAGGGGCCACAGGCUAUGGUCUCCCACCCCUACCUCCCCCAGGACCUCGUAUGAUUCCACCUCCCCCAGGUCCCCCUCCACCACCAGUACCCCCUACCCCACCCCAACUGGCAGGACUCGGUGACGGGAAGAGACAGGACACCCAGCCUCGAAGUGACCUUCUGUCAGCUAUUCGCAUGGGCAUCCAGUUGAAGAAGGGGCAGGAGCAGCAGGAGCAGCAGGCUAAGCGGGAGCCUGUGGGGAACGACGUGGCCACCAUCCUGUCCCGUCGCAUCGCAGUGGAGUACAGCGACUCGGAGGACGACUCCGAACUGGAAGAGAACGACUGGUCCGACUGACCCUGACCCCGUCCUUUACAGUGACCUCACACCAUGGACACAUCGCUCCUCCAGCCCAGCUAUCCCACAAUGGUGAUGAUGCAGUACAGAUGACUUAUGGGAGUCAUAUUUUCAGUAUGCAUUAAGUGGGUAUAGGCUGAGAAUCCACUUGCAUUUUAGUGUAGGUCCUGUAGGUGAGUGGACAGGACUUGAAAUGAAGGCAAAUUAGUGUCCUGAUGAACUGAGAUUCAGCUGAAAUCACUCAAAGGUACACGGACCAAAUAACCAAGUAGUGAAUUUCCCUUUUCCCUACAGAGCUGUCUAAUCUCUCUUUAUCAGACACCAACGUUACCAUUUCAUCUGACAUAGAUCACCAACACUGUAUUCUCAAUGUCACUAACCUCAUUUAUGAUUUGAUCUGGAUUUAGAAACCAUUAGAAAGGCUUGAGGUUCUCUCUGUAGCUUAGACUGGCUCUGAACAGACAUAGCGGGUACGUUCCAGCCCGACUGUGUUUAAGAUGCAACCAGUGACAAUAAUUAUGAAUUGCUUGUCAAUGUAAACAUGCCUCUUCAAAUGUAUUCCAGAAAUACAUUUAAUAUGAUAUGCAGAUCAGCAAGCUGUCCACUGAGUGGCACUGUGCUCACGUUUAAUGCUCACUAUUUGAAUGAUUCAUUUUUGAGAUUCGAUAAUAAAAAAUAAAAAUGAAUUCUAGAUUUCUAGCUAUCAACAAACUGCAAACGUUUGCAUCGUGCUGAAAUGUUGAAUGAAGAGUGACAGGGUGACAAUGUGCGUAGAUUACCUUAAAUAGACCUCAAACAAGUCAAGGACUUCAUACUGCAUGAGGUCUCUAAUAUACUGUAUGGACAGGCUCCUAUUUGACUAAUGUACUGCUGUGACACCUGUGCAUGAAUUCCAUAUGAGACAUCUUUCGUACAAAUGGAAUAGUGGGAAUAAAUGUUUGUUUGCAGUGAAAAACAAUAGGUGACAAGGGCAAAUGUAGAUAUUUGAUAUGUUUGCAUAAUAGCCCAAUUUCUGUGCUAUUGCAACCCACAAAACCGAUAACUCUGAAUGGAUUUUAAUAUUUAGUCAAUUCUGAUAUUGAAUGACUGAAUUUGGUAAAAAUUAUAUGAUGGAAAAAGACAACCAUUGGAUAACCAAUGUUUAUUAUACAAAAACAUUCAUACCUGUAAUUAAAUGUUAGCUCUCAGCAAACCAGACCAUAGAUGGAAUAAAAUUCCCCAGAGCUUCAACUGUAUCAAAAGUCUCACACAGUUCCCCGAGCGCUGUCUUCAGAGAGGGUGACUCCCAGAAUUCCUCAGCUUGUUUGUGGUUUAAUGGGUGCACACAACCUUGGAAAGAUCAUCAAAUCACUGUUUUACCACUCAGCUUAAUCCCCACAACAAAGAGAAAGAUACAAAAAGGAGAGAAUGGAGAGAAGUGGAGUGUGAGAUUAAGUAGAAACUUGAUGGAUGCAAAUUGACUGCUCAGUUUCCCAGUGUUGCUAAGGGGAGUGAGGAAUCUAGAUUUCAAAUCUCCCAGGCCGGAGAGUGGCUGGUGAUCGGACGUUCCCUGUUACCUCUGCAGUGGCCAGCCCCUCUAUUAGUGUCCGCUGUUGUGGCCAUCUGCCGGAUUACCCAGCAGGUUAUAUUUUUAUAGAAAGCAUCCCAUUCUUAUCCCGCCUGCAAAGGUUUACAUUAAGGUUGAACUCGGGUGCGCUUACAAUAGCAGAUGAAGUAAGCUCUAUCCUUCUAACAGCAGCCCUUCCCAUCUUCUCACUGUUAGAGAGGCUGGUUACGCUGGGUUUAAAAGGGCUGCUUUACUAUGGCAUGAAAGAGGAUCUCAUGCAAUGCCACUGUCCCCGAUUUCUUUUCAUGCAUCAUCAAUAAGUGAUGCCCAGGAUUUAAAAAAAACAUUUGUAUGUGCCAAGUGUAAUUGUCUAAUUCUAAUAGGCAUCAAAAGGCCAACUUUUCUGUGUUACCAUACAGGUGAACUCAUUCCUGGGAAAAAAAUAAAUUUCUCAGCCUAGUAGGAGCGAUGGCGUCCCCCUUUUUCCCUGGUCUAACGGGAUUAGUCGUGCCUGUGCUCCCCCGGCUGUCACGCUACUGUCUACUUCCCAUCUCUCCCCCGGGCCUCUAAAGUGAUUAACCCAGCCCCUGUGGUCCGCACGGUUCUGGAGGGUAAUUAAGGGGGGGGGGCACCUCCCUGGCAUGUCCCUCCCCAGGCCUUACUCGCUCUCUUCGGCACCUUUGUAAGAUGGGAUGGGCUGGGGUGUAUGAAAGUGAGAAGUACCAGUGACUGAACUUUCUGAAAGUGUGUAGGAUUCAUGAAUGAUUCAAUUAAUUUUAGUAUCAAUUUAAUGUGACACAGGUCCACAUUUAGAUGUAUCAUGUAAUCCUUACCCAGCUCAGAGCUUGUGAUAACACAUUGUGGGAACUGAGUCCUCAUUUAAAAAUUUGCAUGCAUUUGGUCCAUGCUUAGCCUACUAGAAAAUAGUCUAAGUGAUCUUUCCUCUCAGAUAUCUAUCAAGCCGAUUAUCAAAGCUCAUAAAUACUUGACAAUGGCAUGCAGAUUAUUAUACCAUUGGAUGUGUUGACCACUGAAAAUCUGUUCAAACCAUUUGCAUCCUGACAUGUCUUUUAAAAAGAGCAGUACUGAAUAUUCAUCACAGGCUUAAGGGAAAGUAAUAAUGAUUGAGUCUGCCCAUCUUGUCAGACCUCAGCGUUAUGUGGAUGCGCCUGUUUAACACAUGUCACGCUCAUGUUCGACUUGUCUGUCACAAGUUUUCCAUCAUGGCAUCUGUUCCUUAAUGAUCGGUGGGGAACUAGGUCUCCCAAACCACAUGGCCUUUACCACCCCACUGAAUAAAAAGCUAAUCUGAUGAAUAAAACGCCUUCCAAAGGACAAA